AUGGUGCCUGCAGCCCUGGGGCCCAGGCUCAUGAAGUCAGAGCGGCGUCGGAAUGGCAGGUGUGAGCUUGAGACGUAUGUCCAGCCAGAGCCCAAGCCUGGGGACCUGAUUGAGAUUUUCCGCCCUUUCUACAGACACUGGGCCAUCUACGUUGGCGAUGGAUAUGUGAUCCACCUGGCCCCCCCAAGUGAAAUCCCUGGAGCUGGUGCAGCCAGUAUCAUGUCUGCCCUGACGGACAAGGCCAUAGUGAAGAAGGAACUGCUGUACGAUGUGGCCGGACGGGACAAGUACCAGGUCAAUAACAAACAUGAUGCCAAGUAUCCACCACUGCCUCCCAGCAAAAUCAUCCAGCGGGCGGAGGAGCUGGUGGGGCAGGAGGUGCUGUACAAGCUGACCAGCGAGAACUGUGAGCACUUUGUGAACGAGCUGCGCUAUGGAAUCCCCCGCAGUGACCAGGUCAGAGAUGCUGUCAUGGUGGCUGGCAUUGCCGGAGUGGGCUUGGCAGCCAUGGGCCUCAUUGGGAUCAUGUUCUCAAGAAACAAGCGGCAGCAGCAAUAACUUGGGGAGACUGCCCUGUCAGCAGUGACUUUCUACAUUGAGGGGAUCUCAUUUUGCUAGAGGGUGUGGGGUUUGGUUUAUGGAUUUCAUUUGGUUUUAUAAUAAGGCUUAUUUUCACAGAAUAUAAUAAAGC